CUCAACCGGAAGUGGGAUUUUUGUUGGAACAUAACGUUCCAGAGAGUUCGCUGAGUCACAACAAACCUACCGAGAUCCGCGCUAACCUCACCGAUAGUCCGUGACAACAUCGGUGUUUGGUUAUUUGAUUCAUCCAGGUUUUUCGUCUACACAUCCUGUGUGAGCCACAGUCAUGGUGUGCAUUCCCUGCAUUGUGAUUCCUGUCCUGUUGUGGGUCUACAAGAGGUUCCUGGAACCCAUCAUCUAUCCUGUCAUUUCACCCUUUAUUAAUGCAUUCUGGAACAAAAAAGCUGUAACGGACACAAGUACCCCUCAGAAAGACGCUGAAAAGAGUAAUGGGACUUACAAGGCUGAAAGCAACGGCGAGGGGACUGCAAAUGGAGUUACUAUAGCAGCUGAUAAGAAGGCCGACUGAGUGCUGUCACUGUUUCUAAUGCAACAAAGACUAUGUAAAUAUUCCCAUUGUAUCAUUUAGAGAAAACAUGCAUUGUCAGUCUUCUUCAAAUAAUGUGAAUGCAAAGUUUUUGAAGUUCGUUCUCAUCUAGUUGGCGUAGCUUCAUGAUGUGUUAUAUUUUCUGUUUUUAAAUUUUAGACCAAAUGAAACAGAUUUAAGCACUUUAAUGAAAGCAUAAAAGGACGCCUUCAAAUAAAAGCUUAUUUAUUACAAACCUGACCUGCUACUUUAAAUACUUUAACAUUGUGCACAAAUUGCUUCAAAGACAUCAAGGCUUAGUUUAUUUUAUAUAUAAAAUAUUUGUUUUAGUAUUGCUAAUUGUAAAAAUGGCUAGAUUGAUCCUUUUUUUUUUUUACUGUUAUUUGUUAAAGGAAAUAAAUGAUUGUAAUGGACUGACCAUCCUGGAAAUGUGUGCAUUUCCUAAGAAAAUAAAAUGGCUAUUUGUGUGAGAUUCUCAUCCCUUUAAACAUACUUAAGGCAUUUAGUUGCCUUGCAAAAAAAUCUAUGAAUUCAGUAUGGCUGUGAUUAAUAAAAGCUGUUUAAUCAGUCAUUAAAAAAACAUUGCAGAUUGGCAACAAUAUUUGAUGCAAAUUAUUUUUAAAAAGAUAAUCAGGAGUUUUUAGAGAAGUAUAUUUUCUGAACAAGUAGUUUAAAGUGUAGAAGAUUGUAAAACAUUUUGGUGUUUGAAUAAAGCCCAGCUGUCUGGUAAACACUUGUGCUUAUUUUUAUUAUAAAAAGUACUCAUAGUAUUUUUAAUUUAAACUUAACAGUUAAUGUGUCUUUUCAUUUUGAAAUGAAAUAAAGAUGUAUGAAUGCA